ACGGACAGCGCUGCGCACGAGGCAGGGACCAUCUCCACCGGGAAGCGUCAAACAGAUUGAAUCUCAGACACCAGAGAGGAUUAUGUUGAUCACAUCCUCCUGUAAGAUCAGAUCUCCAUGGCAGCGGUGAUGGUUUCGGGAGCGAGAGCCAUCCUGGUUAUCUCAGGUUCCCCUUCUCCGCCCUGAUGCUUGCUCCAGGCCGGCCCCUCGGGAUCAAGACAGAGAGGACACAGAGACACGAUAUGACUGAGACGAGGUGUGUGGCUGAGGGUGGAUCCUCCCAGAGAUUGGGUGUCAUCUUUUUCAUGGCGCAAAGUUGAUGGAAAGGGAGUUUUUUCAUAUUUGUCUGGAUUGACAUUCAUGCACCGCGACUGGGAGUCAAGUGGGAAGGGAACUUAAAUACUCUGAGUAGGUAUUUCCCUUCAUUCCCAAACAGAGGCCUCGUGUGAAGGCUGGAUAUUUAGCUGUGGGGAGAGCCCCAGUACUCACUCACUUAUGGGAAGAUGGAGGCAGGAGCAGAGGCUAGUCCACAACAGCACCCGAGGAGGAAACCUGUGCUGCACGGCUUGGAGGACCAGAAAAGGAUCUACACGGACUGGGCCAAUCACUACCUUGCCAAGUCAGGACACAAGCGUCUGAUCAAGGACCUACAAACAGACAUCGCAGACGGAGUGCUGCUGGCUGAGAUCAUACAGGUCGUAGCCAAUGAGAAGAUUGGAGAUAUCAAUGGCUGUCCCAAGAGCCGUUCUCAGAUGAUUGAGAACAUUGAUGCCUGCCUCAGUUUCCUGGCAGCCAAAGGAGUCAAUAUCCAGGGUCUGUCUUCAGAGGAGAUCCGAAAUGGUAAUCUGAAAGCCAUCCUCGGCCUCUUCUUCAGCUUGUCCCGCUACAAACAGCAGCAGCAGCAGGCCCAGCGGCAGAACUCCCAGCCCUCUCUCCCACCCAACGCCCAGCCCCAGAGCACUCACCCUCCCCUGAGCCAGCAGAGCAGUGCUCCGGCCCAGCUCAGCCACUCUACGCAUGGGACUCCUGCCCUCACAGCCCAGAAAGCAGCGCAGGCCGAGAUGCAGUCCAGGGAUGGGUCUCAGAGUAAACUGCUCAAGUUUUCCCUUGGUCAGAAAAAGACCUCUAGACUUCCCGGCCCCUCGGCGAGGGUGUCCACUGCCGGCAGUGACAUCCCUCCAAGAGGCUCUGCGGUCAGUGCUGCUGGGAACAGACGCAGCCAGGGCUUCAGUGACAAGACCAAAGCCAACUUGAACCUGAACAAAGAUUCCUCAGAGGGCAUGACCUCACAGCCUUUGGUGAUGACUGAGCAUGCUCCGUCAUCUGCAGUGACUGUCAGCUCCUCCACCAGCAUCCCCGCUGCUACCUCCGCUCAGAUUCCUCCCCCAUCGUCAUCUUCUUCAUCCUCUUCCACAGCCAUUCCCCAGCCCAACAGCAAGCCCUGGAGGAGCAAGUCGAUGAGCUCCAAGCACAUCUCUCCUGCUCCUUCCUCCACCAGCACCCCCGCGUCUGCCAUGCAGCCCGUCAAGCAGGAGAAGGACGCGUCCUGUAAGGCUGCCCCGGCAACUGAAGCUCCCCCUAAGGUUGUCGCUCAGAAGUCAAUGCUAGAGAAGCUUAAGCUCUUCAACAGUAAAGGAGGCUCCAAAUCUUCCACCUCCUCCAAUGGAGCAGGGGCUCAGACUGACAAUGCUGCCCCAGCAAGGCAGCCCGGAGCAGUGCAGGUGGAGAGAGCCGAGACUGGCUCCAACACCGACCCCAUGGAGGAAGAUGAUGGCAAUGUCCGUCCAGGAAUGAACGGCACCAGCAACGGGACGGCCUACGGAGCAGCUCCCUCAGCAGGUACUACUGUGUCCACAACCGCCAGCAGCCCCAAAAUCGCCCUGAGGGGCAUCGCCCAGCGCACUUUCAGCAGAGCUUUGACUGCCAAGAAGGGCUCUGUCAAAAGCACAGAGAAAUACAAGGAGAAGGAGAGAGGGAAGGAGAAGGAGAAGGAGAAAGGGAAGGAGGUGGGGAAACGCAUCUCAGUCCCCGACAGGACAGAGCUCAGGGGGGAGGAGCUUAAGGAGGAAGUAGCACCUGUUGUAGACACAGACAGCUCAAACAAAAGGACCUCUAAAAUCACCAGCUUCAUUCCCAAGGGGGGUAAAGUGGCCAAAAAGGAGAGUUCCACCGCUGCACAAAGCGGAAUACCAAAGCCAGGAGGCAAAGCCCCAGGAGUCGGGGGGAAAGCUUCCUCAGUGAAGGAGGCGGGGGAGAGGCCUCGGAGCAUGCGGUUAGGAGGGGGGCUCGCCAUGCACCGCGGACCCCUGGACAGAGACAGGGACAGCAGGCACUCCAGCUCCACCUCCAGCCUGGCCUCCACAGAGGGAAAGACCAGCGCCUCCCCUGUGGCAGGUGGAGGCACUACACAGAGCACAGCCAGCAACACCAUCAGCGUGCAGCUACCUCAGACUCAACAGCACCACAGCCACCCCAACACGGCCACCGUCGCACCUUUCAUGUACAGAUCCCAAACAGACGGCGAGGGGACACCGAACACUGAGUCCGGCUCAGGAGGAAGAGGUGGAGACGUUUCCUUCACUAAGACCAGCCAGCUCUCCAUCGAGGACCUUUCAGGUGAAGACCCAGAGACGAGGCGGUUGCGUACCGUCAAAAACAUAGCAGACCUCCGGCAAAACCUGGAGGAGACCAUGUCCAGCUUGCGAGGAACUCAGGUCACACACAGCACCUUGGAAACCACCUUUGACGGCAGCGUCACCACAGACAUCAGCAGUGGCGGAGGUGGCAGUGGAGGCAGCAACAACAGCGGAGGGGGUCGGAGCAUCCUCAGCAUCACUUCCACCCGCCCCUCCCUGGCAUCAUGGCGGCUGGGCCAGUCCAGCCCUCGUCUGCAGGCGGGCGACGCGCCUUCUAUGGGUAACAGUUAUGGCGGCCGGGUGGUCGGCAGCCAGGGAGGACGCUACCUGUACCCCGGACAUCUGCGGCGGCAGCUGGCUGGCAGGGGAGGAGCUCUCUGCAGCGUGGACCUCGGAGACAGAGCAGGGGAGGACAUUGACCUGGAGGGCAUCGCCGUGGACGUCACUGGAUACAUGAGCGAUGGAGACGUGCUGAGCAAGAAUGCUACACGCACUGAUGAUGUCGCUAGCGGCUAUAUGACUGACGGAGGUUUGGGUCUGUACACACGGCGCCUGAACCGCAUGCCCGAUAGCAUGGCCGCCGUUCGAGAGACGCUUCAUCGAAACACGUCGUCAGGACAGGGAGAUGCUGACAGCUGGGAUGACAGCAGCUCUGUGAGCAGUGGCAUCAGUGACAACAUCGACACAGAUGACAUCAACACCAGCUCCUCCAUCUCCUCCUACGCCAACACGCCCGCUGCACAGCGCAAGGGCCUCAACACACAGCCUGUGACGGAUGCAGAGAAGCACUCGGCUUCCACAGCAGUGCACCAGACCUGGUCAGGAGACGAGGUGAAGAGGCCAGACGGUGGGUCAGACAGCGGGGUCAGGAUGGAGCCGGGCUCAAAGUGGAGCCGUCGGAACCCCUCCGACAUCUCCGAUGAGUCAGACAAGGGCGGCUCAGGGAGGAAGACCCCCUCAGUGUCUCACACGGGCUCUUGGAGGAGAGGCAUGAGCACUCAGGUGGGGGUGACGUCCCCCCGGACUAAAAGCACCAGUAGCACAGGCUCCUCAAGCUCCACUGGCCUCAAGACCCACAGUUCAGGUAAAACAGAUGACGUCAAGGUGUCAGAAAAGGGUCGUCUCUCUCCUCGUCCUAAUGGUCUUCACCGCUCGCCCUCAGAUGCAGGACGCAGCAGCGGUGAUGAGGCAAAGAAGCAAUCGAUCCCCACCAGCCGCACAUCGACCACAAACGCCCUCACUCACACUGUUUCAGACCCCCACUCCCAGACACAUACACUCACCUCGCGCACUCCUACCAGCACCUUCGGUUUCAAGAAGCAGGGCCAUGGCAUGGGAACCAUGGUUACUGCCAGUGGUGCAACUAUCACAAGUGGCUCAGCCACACUGGGAAAGAUGCCCAAAUCUGGGGCUCGCUCACUGGCAGGAGGCUUGAAGGCUGGCGGGCAGGAUGGCGGGGUUGCACUGGGUCACCAUGACGACAGUUUCCUCCCCAUGAGUGCCCGCUCCACGCUGCAGUAUCGCAGCCUGCCGAGACCCAGCCGCUCGGGAGCAGCUGCCCGCAACGGAAACCGGUCCUCCACCAGCAGCAUCGAGGCUGCUGUACUCUCUGUCACGUCUCACGGGAAAAACUCAAUGAGCUUGACCAAGGCCAACGGCUCAGGAGGCGUGAUGGCCAACCAGACAGAUCGGGAGAAGGGCGUCUCAGAGAUAGACAACCUGAGGAGCGGAGUGGUGAUGCAGAGUGGAGGAGCAGCGACUGUUCCUUUGACAGGAAGACAGCAGGUUUCUUCACCUACACUGCGGAGGUUGUUUGGUGGGAAGCCCAGUAAACAGGCUCCAGUCACCACGGCUGAAAACAUGAAGAACUCCACUGUCAUCUCCAACCCCCACGCCACCAUGAACCAUGUGGGCACAGUGCUGGAGUCCCCCGACGGAGGGGUGGGAGGCGUGGACAGCGAGACCAGCAGCCUCCUGUUUGGAGGCAGGGCACAGGGAUUAGGGAUGGGGACGCUGGGCAGCGAGCAGGCCUCCAGUCCCGGCUCAGUCUACUCCUCCACUGGACCCUCCAAUAGCCUGACGUGGGGCACCACCUUCAGCAGCUCCUCCGCUCAGAGUAGAGAGAGCACGCUGGGCGGGCACGGUGGGACAGGCAGCAUGGGAUACCCCUCCGUCAGCAGCAUGCACACCAGCAGCGAGUCCAUCGACAUGAGUCUGGGCAGCGCCGGCCACGGGACCCACAGGGAGGACACCCUGUCCGCUCUGGGACGUACCGGCAGCGUCAAGACCGGCAUGUCUGAGAGCGGGCCACACUGUGGUAGAAACACUCUGCCCAAGAAGGGACUCAGGUAUGGCCCGUCCCCACAGCUGCGAGGUCACGAGGAGGCCCGUGAUUGGCUGCGCUCCCACUCCACCAGCGGGCUGCAGGAAUCAGCCAGUAACUCCCCGUUCUCCCCCAGCUCCAGCCUCACCUCCCCCUCUGGCACUCGCUUCAACUUUGGACAGCUCGCGUCCAGCCCGACCUCAGCAGCUCAGAUCAACCUCGCUGGCAUGCGCAACAACAGCCUGACCAAUCAGGACGUCUCCUUUGACCCUUGCAGCGACAACCGAUUAAGAAACUCCUGCAUGUCUCUUGACGAGAAGACUCGCACCAUGAGCAGAUCGGGCUCCUUCAGGGACGGCUUCGAGGAAGUUCACGGAUCAUCCUUGUCUCUGGUCUCCAGCACCUCUUCCAUUUACUCCACGAAUGAGGAGAAGUCUCAGUCAGAGAUCCGCAAGCUGCGUCGGGAACUGGAUGCCUCCCAGGAAAAGGUUUCCGCCCUGACGACACAGCUGAGUGCCAACGCUCACCUGGUGGCAGCGUUUGAACAAAGUCUGGGCAACAUGACCAUCAGACUGAAGAGUCUCACCUUGACGGCAGAGCAGAAGGACUCUGAGCUGAACGAGUUGAGGAAAACCAUCGAGCUGCUGAAGAAGCAGAACGCUGUGGCUCAGGCUGCCAUCAAUGGAGUCAUCAACACACCUGAACUCGCGCCUAAAGGGGACAGGACAGCUGGCAAUAACAGCAGUUCACAACAGCAGCAGCAGCAGAAUCAGCAGCCGGACCUGCGCAUCAGGAGGCAGCACUCCUCUGACAGCGUCAGCAGCGUCGCCAGCGCAACCAGCCACUCGAGUGUGGGCUCCAACAUGGACACUGAUGCAAAAAACAAGAAGAAGAACAAGAAGAACUGGCUGAGAAGCUCCUUCAAACAAGCGUUCAGCAAGAAGAAGUCUCCCAAGUCGGCCUCUUCUCACUCUGACAUCGAGGAGAUGACGGACUCAUCGCUGCCGUCCUCCCCUAAGCUGCCCCAUAAUGGCACCACUGCCUCCAGCCACAUGCUCAGGAACACACACUCCAACUCGCUACUGUCUGAGUGUUUGGACAGUGAGGCAGAGACAGUGAUGCAGCUACGCAGUGAACUCCGGGAGAAGGAGAUGAAACUGACUGAUAUCCGCCUGGAGGCUCUCAGCUCUGCACAUCAGCUGGACCAGCUCCGGGAGGCCAUGAACCGCAUGCAGUUGGAGAUUGAGAAGCUGAAGGCGGAGAAUGACCGUCUGAAGGUGGAGAAUCAGGGCAGCAGGAUGGGCUCCCAGGCCUCCAUCUCCUCCUCCCCUCCCCCUCACGCACACAGCCAGGCCCAGGGAACUGGGCCAGCGCUCUCCCAGCACAGCCUCAACCUCACCACCAGCGAGUCCACCAGUCUGGACAUGCUGCUGGACGACACUGGCGGAGAGGGAGGGAUGAGGAAGGAAGGGCGACACGUGAAGAUGGUCGUCAGCCUGGACACGGACAGCAAGUGGGGAGAGGAGGGCCGACCUCGUCAUUUUCUGAUCGGCUGCAUCGGUGUGAGUGGGAAAACGAAGUGGGAUGUCCUGGACGGAGUGGUCCGACGCCUUUUUAAGGAGUACAUUACCCACGUGGACCCGAUGAGCCAGCUGGGGCUGAGCUCAGACAGCGUGGAGGGAUACAAUAUCGGCGAAAUCCACCGGCCCAGCACUCCCAGUGCAGCCCACACACCCGAGCUGCUGCCCUGCGGCUACCUGGUGGGAGACAGCAACACUAUCAACAUCCAGCUCAAAGGUGUGAGCAGUGAGAACGUGGACUCGCUGGUGUUUGACACUCUGAUCCCGAAGCCCAUGCUGCAGCGUUACGUCUCCCUGCUGAAGGAGCACAGACGCGUCAUCCUGUCGGGCCCCAGUGGCACAGGAAAGACCUACCUGGCCAAUCAGCUGUCUCGCCACCUGCUGCUGCUAGAGGGCAGACCGCUGACCCCAAAUGCUGUUGUCACGUUCAAUGUGGACCACAAGUCCAGCAAGGAGUUGCGUCAGUACCUGUCAGGUUUGGCUGAGCAGUGCAGUGGUGUCCCGGGGGCAGACAGCCCUCUGGUGGUCAUUCUGGACAACCUGCACCACGUCAGCUCCCUGGGAGACAUCUUCAAUGGCGUCUUCAACUGCAACUACCAGCACUGCCCCUACAUCAUCGGCACCAUGAGCCAAGCUACGUCAUCUGCCCCCAACCUGCAGCUUCACCACAACUUCAGGUGGGUGCUAUGUGCCAACCACAUGGAGCCAGUGAAAGGCUUCCUUGGUCGUUACCUGAGGAGGAAGCUGAUAGAGACGGAGAUCGGCAGCCGAACGCGCAACAUGGACCUGGUGAAGAUUAUUGACUGGAUCCCGCGGGUUUGGCACCACCUCAACCGCUUCCUGGAGACACACAGCUCCUCUGAUGUCACCAUCGGACCUCGUCUCUUCUUGUCCUGUCCCAUGGACGUGGAGGGAUCCAGGGUUUGGUUCACUGACCUCUGGAACUACUCCAUCAUCCCCUACAUGCUGGAGGCCAUACGAGAGGGACUGCAGCUGUACGGCCGCAGGGCUGCGUGGGAGGACCCUGCUGCCUGGGUUAUUGACACUUACCCGUGGUCAGCCACGCCCACUCCAGCUGAAUGGCCCCCUCUGCUGCAGCUCCGCCCAGAGGAUGUGGGGUUUGACGGCUACUCUGCCCCGAGAGAAGGAGUCAGGAAAGAGCCACCACAGAGCGACAGUGACGCGGACCCACUGAUGAACAUGCUGAUGCGUCUAAAGGAGGCGGCAACAUCAUCAAGCCCACAGAGCUACGAUAGCGACUCCAACAGCAACAGCCAUCAGGACGACAUCCUGGACUCAUCGCUAGAGUCGACUUUGUGAUGCCGACACUGGGAUCAGUUUUCAGGAGGAACUUUUUAUAGGAACUGUUCUCAGCUGGAGAACUUCUUGUUAGAGUAUAAUUUCAUGCCACAAAAUCCAGCCACCUUAAUUUGGGUGCAGGUAACCCAAAUAUUUAAAAAAGAGAAAAAAGGUUCAAACUGCAUUUCAGAAAACGGGCAACAAAAGUUUCUACUGCACUGCGCUGUUUUUUUUGUUUUGUUUUGUUUUUCACCGCUGUGGCCCGUGGCUCCUCUGUCAGGAGCCUGACAUCUACUUCAGACAGACAGAUAAUAAAAGCACACAGCCUGUCUCUCGUAGUGAGGCGUCGUCAUUACCAUCACCAGCCAUCAGCAUCUUAAACACCAGCCUGGAGUCCUCCAUCCUCAACUGAGCCACAGCAUCAGCUCCAGCUCAUCAGGCUGAGAUACUCCUGGGCCUGCCCGGCUGCAGUGCAUCUGAGUGUCCUGCAGGUGGCAAUACAGACCCUUGUCUCUGGAGCAUCAGGGAGCCUGAGCUACCAGCUGCUGAGAACACCGAUGAGACACUGCUGGUUGGUUGGACGGACGAACAGCCGGCAGUUAUCUGCUCUUCCUCCGACUCUGUGGCUGAAGUUUACUGUGUUAGGGUAAAUCGAGCCAAAGUGAAUGUUCGUCUCAAAGCAUGUCUGCUCACACUUUAGACAUUGUUUGAUUUUGUUCAAACCCCAACUAAACGAAAUCAGAUUUUUAAGUUGGGGAAAGAAAUAGCAUUGUACUAACAAUGGAGGAAAUGUGUGUCAACAAAAAGCAAUCAAGAGAGCACUAAUAAAAACAGUUCCUAUCAGAUACAGCUAAAUGUUUUUGAUUUUAAUGUCUGCAUUCAAAGCUCUCAGUGGACAAAAUGGAGGAGAACUGAUGUGUUUAUACAUGUAAAUCCAUAAUAUAUGUGUGGUAACAAGGACGCAGGCAAACACCGACUAUGUUUACAUACACACUAAUAGUCCACUACUAUUCUGAAUAUGAUAGGGGUCAGGUAAACAGACACAGACAAAUUUUGGAUAAGCUGCAAUGGGCCGUUUUCUGAAUUAGGCAUUUUCUGAUUAAGACGUGGGAUAUGCUGAUAUUAUUUAGGUUUCAGGAGCAUUCUUUGACAUGUAUCUAGCUUAUUGUCAGCUCUGUGCGUUGUCACAGACUAGUUCUACACAAACCAACCAGCCAGCUCUUUGCAAGGCUGAUACAGAGAUACAUGCCCAAAAGAAAUGCCCACAUUUGUGUGUGGAAGAAGACACAGACCUACUUUUAAACAUUAUGAAAGAAAAGAAUGAAAACGGGAGGCUGUGUUCACUCGAUCCCACAGACUAUUUUGAUGCCAGAAGCAAAAUGACAAGCGGCUCCAGCCGUUCCAUUUUUCCAUAUUUUGGCGAUUAUAGCGACAUGUUGAGGCACGGAAUAUGCAUGUGAACAGCUUAAUAGAAAUACUGUCUUUCUCUGAGAAAAGGCAAAACCUGAAAUAUUUUGUGCAUGUAACCGUAGCCAUUGUAGCAGCACUGCUUCACCACCAGAUCAAAGUCUGUGGAAAAAAAUCUCAAGCCAAUUUAACCAAAAAAUUCUCACCUUAAGUCCUGCUGACAUCUUUUUCUUUUGGAGUUGACAAAGGGUCCUCAGUGGGCACAUCCCGCCUCAAAGCUGAGAAACUUUUCUUCCACCAGAAAGUAGUUCCUUUGAAAUGAAGCAGAAUAACCUAUUAUGUGCAUUUGUUAUUUGGCCAAACACACAACUGUAAACACCAACAUUUAUAGCUAAUUUUACAAAGCAAGGCAAGGACAAAAUCUAACUUACAAAGUCCCUUUAAAAUCAAGAGUCUUAGUUCUCAUGAAAACAAACACUGUCAGGAGGAAAGGGUGCAAACUGGGAAUUGAACAUUCACCAUGGCUCAAUUUAUCCGUUUAAAGUGUUUGAGAUAUUGUCCUUUUCCAUCUGUGUUGUAACUUUCUGCGUGACUUCACAAAUAACGCCUCUAAGUUUUUGCAUCGACUCACUCAAUAAUCCUUUGAGAUCUCCAUGCACAUUGGCCCAAACAGGCUGUUGUAGCACAACUCUCUUUUGGUGCUGGACUGAAUUCUAACAAACAAUGCCUUACUCUUUUUCUAAACAGACUAUGUGCAUUAGCCGAUUCUUUAUUUGUCUAAAUGGCUGUAAACCUAACAGGGCUCCGAGUCGACACUCCUCGAGGAGCGGCGUCGACCUCUCAUCAUAUCAAACACCAAUGCCGUGGGAUUGGGACGUGAAUGAGAAGCAGUACUUUGGGUUUUAAAAUUUAAGUUGUAUGCAUGUAUGACCCAGUGCUGUGAAGCUGGUGUAAAUAUUUGGACCACUAGCAAGAAAUAAAUAAAUAUAUAGAUGUUUUUUUGGUGCUCGAAAUUUUGCAGGUUGAUUGGGUGAGGGAAGUUUAAGAUGUGCUGAUUUUAUACCUCAUCCCCAUCCUUUAAAUGUCCACGCUCAUAGUCUGUUUGAUGUGACUCUGUGAUGAACAAAACUGUCCUAACAAACAUGUUGAACUAAUUAAGUGAAAACUAGUGUAUAUGCUGCUUUGUUUAUAGUGAUAUAAUUAAUCUGAGGUUAAAAGUAUAAAGGUACUUGUGGUUGAAUGAUAAUGUUAAACGGUUUGACAUCAUUUCUGUGGCGUGAAAUCUAAAGAAUAUUUGGGGGUCAUGUCAUCCAGCACAGCCUCCAUCGCUUUCAGUGUUUUUGUCACCGAUCCUAUGCAACAUUCAUUCUGAUCUCUAAAUGGAAGCCAAAAGCUGAGCGUGCAUUUUGUCCCCCUCCGUGCGUGGUGUCCAGCACUGCCGAGACGCACGGCAUGGAACCUGACUUGUGAGGACUUUAAAGAUUUGUGGCCCAUGUUCUUUGUCCGUAUGUGUGUCUGUGUAGUUUAUAGACACUCUCCUGCUAUGGUCCUUGUAAGCACAAAGAGACUGAGAGGUGUGGAUGUUGUCCAAGCAUUUGUCUGUCAGUUUUAUUACUCACAAACUCAAUGAAUGUUUAGCCUUCUUUGCUAUGUACAUUUUUUAUAUGUAACAUAACUUUGUAAAUAGUUGAUUAUCUUGCAGCAUUUUGAUGACUUUUCUAGCCGAUUUGUUACAGUACUUGAAAAGGAGUAUUUUGUGUACAGUCUCUUUACAUCAGAGCAGAUUGAUGCGGUUUGUCAUCACUGGUCUGUCCAGGGCUCGGAGAAUUAAAUCUGAUAUCACUGUACUAGUCUUAAGUUAUUGUGAUUCAAUAAAAUUAAUGAUUAUUUAUGA